UGUUUAUAACGUGGCGUCCCCUUCGGCCCUGUCGCAUAAGAGGUGACCAGGAAGUAGCUAUUUCUCGUCAUGAACACUUAAGUUGUUCCUUGUCGGAGAUCGGGCUGGUGUUGUUGUAGUACAUCGGUGUGAACUCGCCACCUGAUACAUCGACUUGCCUGUCUGUCCAUCCUGUGGAUACAAAGUCGCGAUCCUCAUCAGUGAGGCCAUUCGGAUAGUCGGUUUGUUCCGUUACACCUAGGUCAGCAUCAUCUAGUAGUGAUGUAAUUUUAAUGUGAACGUGAUUUCACUGAGGUAACGACUGUGCGUUUAGCAAGAUGAUUGCAAGAACCAACUCAUCUGAAGACAAGAUGCAAGGGGAAGACAAAGAAAGUUCCAAGACAGUUGGCAUCAUCGGAACUGGAAACUUCGGCAGAGCUCUUGCAAAACGGUUGAUCUUUUCCGGCUAUGACGUCAUCAUCGGCAGCCGAAGACCCGAGUACCGGCAACUGUCGGAAUAUGACGAAUGCUUGUGUGACGUUCGGCUUACAAGUGUCAAAGAAUGUGUGCGCUUGUGUAAGGUCGUCUUUAUUUCGGUUCACGUGGAGAACUUCAAAGAUACAUUUUCACCCUUGGGGGAAAUGUUCACUGAUAAAAUUGUCAUUGAUGUAUCCAACAGAGAAAACAUAUGUGGUCAUGUGUCCAACUCGGAGUAUUUGAUGACCUUUCUACCAAAAGCAAAAAUCGUCAAAGCCUUCAACAUUAUUUCCGCCUACAUCAUGGAAAACGACAUCGCUGGCGGAAGUAGAAAGGUUUUCGUCGCCGGAAAUGACGUCACUGCGCGCGAUGAAGUGUGCAAUAUUGCGCGUGAUAUGGGUUUUGCGCCUGUGGACUUCGGCGGUUUGAAGUCGGCGCGUAGAAUUGAGGCGUUUGUUCUGCGAUUGUUUCCAGGAUGGAAGGUACCAAUAUUCCUGACGUUUGCAAUAUUCAAUUUGUGGUGUUUAUACAUCACAUACAUCUAUUUCAUAGACAGGACGGCGUAUAGAUGGGAUCAGAUUUUUGUAAAAGUGUUCAACAAACCGCUCUGCAUGACCGCCAUUACGUUAAUGGCCUUGACCUACAUGCCUGGGUGUAUUGCGGGUUUUGUGCAGAUAGUUUACGGAACAAAACAUCAACGUUUUCCCAGAUGGAUGGAUUACUGGUUGAAAUCAAGAAAACAAUUAGGUAUAAUUUGUUUCGUUCUAGUGUUCGCUCAUGUGCUAAUAUCCAUCCUGUUGAUGAGUCCGACCUACUACAGUUCAUGGUUUCAGUCCACCGCUAUAACAGUACCAGGGAAUCUAACAGACGACCUUCACCUUCCUAUGAAGACAUGGAUGAUAUGGAAGGGCGAGGCCGCGUGUCUUGUCGGUAUCAUCGCCUUCAUCCUACUUUGUCUCCUAGCAACCACCACACUGCCCUCUGUCGGGGAUUCCUUGAACUGGCGCGAGUGGCGUUUUGUCCAAUCAACGCUCGGCUAUACUGUACUGUGUCUUUCUAUUUGUCACGUGAUGGUGAUGGGAGUCCCUGGUUGGAUGAAGAAAGGGUUUCCCAAGGCGUUUGGUUCCAUCACGUUUCUGUGUCUGAUACUGCCAAUGACUGUGUUUGUCAUGAAACUGAUCCUCACCAUGCCUUGCGUGAACAAAUACGUGUCCAAAAUAAGAAAAGGAUGGGAGCGAAACACACACCCGUGCUUACCCCAUUCCAAGUGUAAAGACAGCAAGUGUUUCGGUGACGAAUACGUAGCGUUAAGACUAGGGGGGAUGCAGAAUGAAUGUGGUUGUGGUGGGGCGUCAGUGCCUACAACCUUACGCACACCAACGUGCGACUGUGUUGUGUGAUAAAGUAAAACCUCUACAGUCUUGACCCCGCUAAUCCGGAAAACUGACCAUUACUGCUCGGAACGCGUCAAUGUUUGUUGCCCUCAGCAGUACUUUUAGUAUAUGAUCUGUAAAUAAUAGAAUCUGGACCAGAGAAACUAGUGAUUGACAUCAUGAGCAUCGCUCUCCGAUGAUUCGCCUUUGGAUUAAAAAAACCCAAACAAACAUUCCUCUGGACAUUGAGUACCCUGGGGCAAUAACCAACAAAAUAUUGCGGAUCUUGAUUAGAUGGAUCAGUCAUGCGACAGGUGAUGUAACUUGAACACAUGCCGAUGUUGAACUUGACCCCUUCAGUUCAGGGCCAGACAAUAGAGUGAUUAAAGUCAUGAGCGACGCAACUGGGAUGAGAUGACACGUGUAUCAACCAGGUCAGCGAGCCUGAGCAAAUAUUCCCGUCAGUCACCUCCGCUUCCGUGUACACCCUAUGACACCACUCCAUAAUCCAUCAAUCUGGACAUUCGUUAAUCCGGGCGUGUUCACGGGACGUGUUUUUCACGAGGUUCCACAAUAUGCGAAUGAACAGUGGUACCAGUGGUGCCUUACUAUCGACUUCAUAUUUCCAUAGCCGCAAACAACAUUGCUCUCAAUAAUUAUUCGUAAUUUACCCUGACAUGGUUUUUUUAUAUGCAAAAGCAUUGCAACCAUAGUCCGUUUUCCAAACGUAAAACUGGGGCAGUGGGGUAACCAAGUGGUUCGAUUCCCCACAUGGGUGCCAGGAUUGUGUGAAGCCUGUUUCUGGUAUCUCCAGCUGUGAUAUUGCUUGAAUAUUGCUAAGACCGGCGGAAAGCCGUACUCCCUCACUCAGACUAUCAAUAUAACGAUCAGAGGGGCUUUUCGACAUCAAACUUUUGUGUUGCUCUCGAAGACAACAAAGAUUGAUUGAAGUUGUGUUCAAAUAUGCUGUUUUACUGUCAUUGUAGCCAUGCUGAUUGUAACUCCAAAUUAACGAAUGAAUUUGAAACCUUUCGAAACCCCAUGACAGUUUUUUUAAUACAAGGAAACAAGGUUAACGUAUUUCCAUAUGUUAGAAAUAUUCCUACAAUAGAGGAUACAGAAUGGACCAGACCGGAAGAUGACAUGCUUUCAACUUCAGCAAGUCUUUGUUUGUUUGCUGUUUAAGCCGUACUCAGCAAUAUUCCAGCUACAUGACGGCGGUCUGUAAAUAAUCGAGUCUGGAUCAGACAAUCCAGUGAUUGACAUCAUGAGCAUCGAUCAUGCAAUUGACAUACGAUGACAUGCAUCAACCAAGUCAGUGAGCCUGAUCCUCCGUUAGUCGCCUCUUACAAGAAUAGUCUCGUCUUGAGACAUGCAUGAGCAUCUCCCCCAGGCAAGUGAGUUUACUGACUAUAAAAGUCCAGUUUCCACUGGACUUUUAAAGUCAGUUAACUCUCUUGCCUCGGGAAGAUGUGCAUGAGUUGCUGAAGGCCUAUUCUAACGCCUAUUCACGCAUUGACGAUACCAGAUGGUUAAAAACAGGUUCUUAGUCGCCUCUUACGACAAGUAAGUCACCUUGAACAGCAAGCAUGGGUUUCGGAAGACCUAUUCUACCCCGGAUCACCAAAAGUAAACAUUUGUUGACUGGAGUAUGCAAGCUGUGUGCCUGACGCUCAGCUACAAUGAGUGGGGCGGUUUUACAUGUUUGAACAGUACACAUGUGGUGUAGGAUGAAAGCCCUUACGACUGGCAUGGGUUGCUGAAGACAUUUUGUGUACCGGAUAUUCACGGGUGACAUCAGCAUGUAGAACAAACAGGUUAAUUAGUAUUCAAUGCAUUCAAUAUGUUCCCCAUGUCAGCUAUUUCCCCGGAUACAUGAAUCUGCUGUGAGUGAGUGAGUGAGUGAGUGAGAGAUGCUUUUAACACCAGCAUACUGAACACUGUUUUUGUUGGAAUCUUUAUUUCAUCAUUACACGUUUUCCAAACCUGAACACAACUUAUAUCAGUUAAACAAUGACGAUCCACUUGAUGUUUAAAAGAAGAGUGAGUGAGUGAGUGAGUUGGAUUUAACGCCGCUUUUAACACUAUUCAAGUUAUAUCACGGCGUGUCAGCUUAAUGUGGGAGGAAAGCCCGAAGUGAUGCAGGUUUCAGACGUUUACCACUUCGGUGAAACCCACGAGCACGGGUAUGGUGCUGACAAACCUAGAAACAUAAUCGGGGCGAACCGGGAUUCGAACCCACAAUCAUAGGUUUCUGGCGUGCCCAAGGGACGCAACUCUGCACAGCGAAUCGCGGCGCCUUAGACGACUGGGCCACCCGUGCCCCUGUUUAAAAGAAGAAAGCCUCAAACGACGCAGAUUGAACAUAUUUAUUACUAUGGUAAAACCACGACCAAGGAUUGUAACUGGAACAAACUUUAUAUUUGGCAUGAUCCAAAUCUGCAGAGCGAAUUGUAGCUUCACAUCAUUUUCGCUUAAAAUCAAAGAAAAUACGACAUUAUUGGUAUUUCCUGAUUUAUUAAGUGUACGAAAGUGUUUACAUGAAAAUGCAUUUUGGUCAUCAAAAACAAUGUAUGUCCACUGAAUGUAAAUAUAAGUAAUGUGUAUUGCGCAUUAUGACAAUGCCUGUGAUAUAAAUAAACUGUAGAAUUUC